GUUUAGUUGGAGUUUAGCAGCUUUCGGAGCUUCGGCCGACGCGGGGUUUCUGUUUGAGUUCUGGACCUUUACAGACUGUAUGCUUUGUCGCUGCAUAGAUUAGCUGCGAGUAUCACUGUUUCUUGUUACACCCUGGCUGUUUCUCUAGCUGCUCUCCGCCUUGCUCGCUUCACCCUCGGCUUGCCUGUCCUCCCCCGCCGCUAUUAAGCGCCAGUGCGACUAUGCCCACCUGACCUUCCUCGAAGUACCUACUUGCGCAAUCGACACCGCCACGCAAAUCAAGCAGCUGAAGCUGUAUCCAUAGCUGCCAUUUACAGUUGAGACUCGAAAAGCAUAUCUUUGGAGGCGAUUGGCAAGGAUUGAAUGCAGGCAAGAUGUCGCUCUCAUCCGAAAAGCGCGAUGAAUAUUCGGUGAUCAUUGACUCGAUCCUCGCUAAGAGCGAUCUCAAUACCGUCUCCGAGAAACGCAUUCGCAAGGGUCUCCAGGACGUCAUUGGCCAUGAUCUCACUCCGCAGAAGGCUGAAGUCAAGCAGCUCAUCAUGGAACGGUUUGACAUCUUCGCGGGCAACAACGGCGUUCAAUCACCCGAAGAAACCACCACCAGCAACGGCCAUGCCAACACUGCCGCCGCAGUACCUUCUCCACACCCCUCCUCGUCGCCUGUGAAGCGUCAGACACAUAGCGAAGAGGCAUCCGAGGCCGCUAGUGCAUCGCCGCCUCCAAAGAAGCGAAAGCCGGACACUGAUGUCGAUGCCGACGCCUUGUUCGCCGCGAAACUACAAGCGGAGGAGAAUAUGCGGGCACGACCCACAAGAGGCGCGAGCACACGUCGUGCUGCUCCAUCUAAAAAGAAGAGCAAGGCCAAGACCGCCAAGCGCGUCAAGGCCGAGGAUGACUCGGACGUUGACUCGGGAUCAGAAACAAAGAAGGAGGUUAAUCGGACUGGUGGCUUCCACAAACCGCUUAAUCUAUCUGCUCCUUUGUCUGCGCUGCUUGGUGGAGAGACUACUCUCUCGCGUCCACAGACUGUCAAGAAGGUAUGGCAAUACAUCCGUGAGAAAGAACUACAAGAUCCCAGCGAUCGACGCCAGAUCCGCUGCGAUGACGCGAUGCGCGCAGUGUUUAAGCAGGAUCGGGUCCAUAUGUUUACCAUGACCAAGAUUCUCAAUCAGAACUUGUAUAACCCAGACGAAUAGCCAUGGUUUGCGCAAAUAGCCCAUGGGCUGUUCUUGAAUGAAGGGGUUCUUGGUCCCCUUCAACGAAUUCCGUCUUUGUUCCAUCAUUUGCUUUCUGCGUUGCAUGGGGAUGCUGGCGCGACGACUCCACCUUUGGUCGCCUUUUCAGGCUUUCUUUUCGGCGCCUUGUGCUUUCAAGAUUUUGGUCUUUUUGUUACUCUCCAGCGGGAGUUGGUGCCGCCCUUGAAUGGUGAUAUCUAUCGUUCUCAUAAUUGCAUCUUUGAAUGUUUCAUGGUCUCAUUAAGUUUUGGUAUAUCCUUGUCGGCUUUGAUGCAGGAAGCCUUCCAGUCCGGGUAGAGCUCGUGUACCCUCGAGUGUCAGAUCAAGGUCAUAUCUUCAACAACGUCUUUU